UUAAUAGAAAAUAAAGUACUGCAUGAUGUGGUACCUUUGCCCUUUGCGACUGGCACGCAAAGUGAGUCGGUCCCUUCUUCAACCUCCUCGCCCUCCACCCCCAUCAAAAACUAGGGUUAGGCUUUCUCAAAUCCAACCAAAUUCCAAAGCCCUAGACCCUAAAUUCCUCUGCUAUUCUUUCUAUUCAAUGGCCAUCAUCGGCGACGCCCUCCGGCAAGCGUUCAUGCCGAAGCGCGAGUACGAGAGCCUCCGAGAGGAGCAGAAGGCUUGGGGCCGCCUCCAGAGGCUCGUUCUCGAUCCGUUCUCCCGCGCGCGAUCUUCUUGUAUCGCCGUCGUCGUCGCUGUUGUACGGGAGCCUACGCCAUUGUUCCCUGGGGAUCCGAGCCGCAGGCCGUUCUGUAGAGAUCGGAGGAUCCAGGCGCUGAGGUUGGGGAAUGUGACCGUGGAUGUCGCUGCUGCUGCUGAUUCGUAUCAUGGGGCGUUUUAUUUGACUGAUGAGGAGGCUGCUGAUUAUUAUUGGAUGGUGGUGUUCCUGCCAUCGGCUAUUGUGUUUUUGGUGUCAAGUGCAUAUCUAUUCUCUGGAAUGAUUGUUGCAUACUCUGCUCCAAUGAGACACCCGAGUCUCAAGGUUGUUGAGAACAAUUUCUGUGCAUCAAAAAGAGGUGGAGUCCGAUGUCUAUCCAUUCUCAAUACUGUGUUUGCUGUGGUGUUUGGUCUCAUGGCACUUUUUCUUGGUUCGAGCCUCCUCACUCUUGGGAGUAACUGCUCAAUCCCUCUCUUUUGGUGCUAUGAGACUGCAUCGUUGGGUUUGGUGUUGUUGUAUGGCUUCACCGCAUUCUUUCUUAGAAGAAAAGCUGCAGUCAUUCUUGAUGAGGGUGAGUUCUCUGCAAGGAAUUUAGGGUUAGAGUUGGCAGAAACCGUUGUAGAAGUGACACCAGAAGUGGAGAGACGUGUACAUGAAGGAUUCAAGUCAUGGAUGGGCUCCUCUCUUCUCUCUUCUGAUGAGGAAGACGGACCUGAUGAUUAUCUAGAGCAAGGCAGUCCAAGUUACCAAAGACGGUGAACAGCGCAAAGCACUAGUUUUUAACCAUGGUUAGCUUUUCUCUUUUUUUCCUUUCAUGUUCCUGGAGAUAUGUACAUAAACUGAUAUAGGCAUGGGGACAACAACGACAUCAUGUUAAUUUCUGUUGUGCUGAGAAUAUUGAUGAUAAAGGAAAAUGAAUAUAUUAACGCCGUUUCUGGCUCAGCACGA